AUGACCACACCGGUCAUCCCAAUGUCACCAGCACAACCUGUCGAGGCAGCGACUCACACCGAGGAGGCAGAUUUUUACCACUUGCACAGACAAGUAAUGGAAGAGCGAGUGGAAAAGGAUGGAAAUCUCAAAAGACAGCUACAAAGUAUGCGAUCCCACAUGCAAGCAGGAGUAAGGGCCAAGUCAUGGGAGGCGAGGAUGCGUAAGACUGCUGCCGAGACGGCUGUGAAAAGACUUCACAAGGAAAUGAUUGAGGAAAAGGCGGCAGAAGCUGCAAGGCGACGAGAAGUUUCGCAGGAGCGUAAGAGGGUACGAGCAGAAAAGGCACGUCUUGAAGAAUUGGCUGCGAAGAUGAGUGCAAAAAAGGCGGAGCGAUUACGAAAGAGAGCAGGCCGGAGCAAGAAAGUGAACGGAUAG